AUGUCUUCUCCCGAACCCGUCGACCAGCCUUCGGGCGCAGCAGCUCAAAUAACAAGCAUAGUCAGCACAGACGACUCGGGACCGUACUCCACGGCGCCUUCAAACGCAAUAGGUCCAAUACCAAGCAUAGCCGGCAUACACGCCACGGGGCCAUACGCAAUAGGCCCCUGGAUCGAGAGAGUUGGCCCCCCAAAGUCCCUGCUUUUGCUGUUUGCGAUGCUAAUUUUGCGACCUUUUCAAGAAGAACAUCAGAACAACAAAGCUAACAGCCACACUCGACAGUUCGUCUCAUCCCGCGGCAACGAGUACUUCUGUGAAAUCGACGAAGAAUACCUUACCGACCGCUUCAACCUUACUGGCCUCAACACCGAAGUGCACUACUACCAACACGCGCUGGACCUAGUCAACGAUGUCUUCGAUCUCGACUGUGACGACGAAAUGCGCGAAGCCAUCGAAAAAUCAGCGCGACACCUCUACGGCCUCGUCCAUGCUCGCUACAUCGUCACAACUCGUGGUCUUGCCAAAAUGCUCGACAAAUACAAAAAAGCCGACUUUGGCAAAUGCCCGCGCGUGAUCUGCGACUCGCACCCGCUCCUCCCGAUGGGCCAGUCGGACAUGCCGCACCAGAAAGCCGUCAAGAUGUACUGCGCCAAAUGCGAGGACAUCUACAACCCGAAAGCGACGCGCCACGCCACCAUCGACGGCGCCUACUUCGGCUCCUCCUUCCACAACAUCCUCUUCCAGGUCUACCCGGCCCUCAUCCCGGAGAAGAGCCGGGCCAGGUACAUGCCGCGCGUGUUUGGCUUCAAGGUUCACGUGGCGGCGGCGUUGGCGCGGUGGCAGGACGCGGUCAGGCUGGAGCAGCAGAGGGGGCUGAGGGAGGCCGGGGUGGAGAACGCGGCGUUUUUGGAGGAUGAGGGCGCGGUGGCGGAUGAGGAGGAUGGGUUCGGACAAGGCGGGGACGAGGGUGGGGAGGACGUCGAGAGGGUGGCUGCAGAGGGAGAUGGGGCCAUGGAGGUGGUGAAGGAGUGA